GAUUUUUGUCUGUAUUCGUCACAGUCUCUUUCGCAAUCACGGAUUGGUUACUUUAGGAGGGAAGCCUGCUAGAAGGUUUGAUUACCACCUCCUGCGCCCUCCCCGCACUUCGCCUUUCUCGUCUUCCCGCUUCUGCGCAACUCUGCCCGGCCUAACUACCUGUCCAAACCCCGUGUGUGUCUGUGUAUUUCCCGAAGAGAGCAAGUAGCAUGUCGGACUACGGCUCACCCGGGGCCGGAGCGGGCGCUGGAGGCAAAAAAGAUGCUUUCGCUGACGCCGUGCAGCGAGCAAGACAGAUUGCAGCGAAGAUUGGAGGAGAAGCUGGACCGCCAAGUAACAAUGGAGGAGGAGGAGGAGGAGAGGCCUUCCCAUUCCAAACACUGAAACGCUCUCUGGAGGAUGGAGACCAACCAGAUGCCAAGAAGAUGUCUUCCCAGGGGGACAGAGACUCAGCCACUGCUUUGUCUAUCGGAGCUCAACUGGCCGCCCUGUCUCAGCAAAGUGUCAGACCCUCCACUAUGACGGAAGAGUACAGAGUGCCAGAUGGCAUGGUCGGACUCAUCAUUGGUCGAGGGGGCGAGCAGAUCAACAAGAUCCAGCAGGACUCUGGCUGCAAGGUCCAGAUCGCUCCAGGUGAGCAACUAGACAGUGGUGGAAUGCCAGAGAGGAGUGUCUCCCUCACAGGAAACCCUGAUGCCAUCGCGAAAGCCAAGAUGUUUCUGGAUGAGAUUGUAUCUCGGGGGCGGGGCGCGCCUCCUUCCUCCUUCCACGAGUCGACCAAUGGGCAGAGUGGCUCCAUGCAGGAGAUGAUGAUCCCUGCUGGCAAGGCCGGCCUAAUCAUCGGCAAGGGAGGAGAGACCAUCAAACAACUACAGGAGCGUGCUGGGGUAAAGAUGAUCCUCAUCCAAGAUGGCUCCCAGCCACCCAACAUGGACAAACCCCUACGUAUCAUCGGUGACCCCUACAAAGUGCAGCAAGCGAAGGAGCUGGUGAAUGAGAUUCUGAGAGAGAGGGAUCACGCUGGCUUUGGAGACCGAAACAAUUUUGGCAACCAAAUGGGAGGAGGAGGAGGAGGUGGUGGUGGAGGCAUGGAUGUGCCCGUGCCCCGCCACUCUGUGGGUGUUGUGAUUGGUCGAAGUGGAGAGAUGAUCAAGAAGAUCCAGGCCGACGCUGGAGUCAGGAUACAGUUCAAACCAGAUGAAGAUGAAGAUGAAGAUGACGGUGCAGGUCCUGAUAAGAUAGCCCACAUCAUGGGCCCUCCAGACCGCUGUGAGCAUGCUGCCUCCAUCAUCAAUGAGCUGCUGCAGAGCAUCAGAGUCAGGGAGGAAGGAGGACAGGGGGGUCCUCCAGGUCCUCCUGGUACGGGGGGGAUGCCUCAGGGUGGGCAUGGCAGGGGGAGGGGCCAGGGGAACUGGGGCGGUCCUCCAGGAGGUGAGGUCACCUUCUCUAUCCCCGCCCACAAAUGCGGCCUGGUGAUUGGUCGGGGCGGCGAGAACGUCAAGGCCAUCAACCAACAGACGGGGGCCUUUGUAGAGAUCUCGCGCCAGCCUCCGCCCAACGGGGACCCCAACUUCAAACUGUUCAUCAUCAGGGGGUCCCCUCAACAGAUAGACCAUGCCAAGCAGCUCAUAGAGGACAAGAUCGAGGCUCCUCUGUGUCCUCUAGGGGGUGGGCCUGGUGGACCUGGUCCUGCUGGUCCUAUGGGCCCCUACAACCCCAACCCUUACAACCCAGGGCCUGGUGGUCCCGGAGGACCCCCACAUGGCGGCCCCCCAGGUGGUCAUGGUUACGGAGCCCCUCAGGGCUGGGGCAACACCUUCCAGCAGUGGCAGGCCCCUGGAGGGCCACACGACCCCAAUAAGGCAGCUGCAGACCCCAAUGCAGCGUGGGCAGCCUACUAUGCGCAGUACUACCAGCAGCAGCCAGGGGGAGCCAUGCCUGGCCAGGCCCCCAACGCCCCAGCAGCCGCCCCAGUCCAGGCAGACCCCUCUCAGGCAACCCAAACCCCUGGAGGACAGCCAGACUACACCAAGGCCUGGGAGGAGUAUUACAAGAAGAUGGGCAUGGCCCAGCCAGGUGGAGGUGCUGCAGCGGCGCCGGCUGCAGCUGUAGCUGUGGGAGGAGCCGGUGGUCAGCAGGACUACAGUGCAGCCUGGGCUGAGUACUACAGGCAGCAGGCAGCCUUCUACGGCCCUGGAGGGGCUCCGGGACAGGCUGCCACCCCUCAGCAAGGACAACAGGCCCAGUGAACCAGAUCCAGCCAGUCUCCAGCUAGUCAGAUGCAUGGACCGGGAGGACUGUCUCGUCACUGCAGCAGCAGACCCAUCCCAUCCAGCUCUCUGGACUUUUUAAAUGUUUUCUUCUGGGUUUGAGUCGUAAUUCAAUAUUUUUUUUUCUGGGUUUGACAGAAGCAAAACCUUACCUCCCUCCCUCAAAUACACUCCCAGUACCCCUCCCUCUUAUCCCAGUACCCCUUCUCCCCUAAAAAAUACCCCUAGUCUUUUUUUUUCUUUUUUUUCUUUUUUUU